AUGGCUACUGCGUUUCGUGACACGCCUAUCUGGGUCUCUCUGCGCUGGGCUUUGGGUGCUUCGCGUCUACGAUACCCUGAGGAGGAAGACGGUGCCAUCGGUCGCAUCCAAGCUGCCGUCGAGAAAUGGGAACACCAUUCGGUGGAUGCGAGCACAGACGUGGAACAAGAAGAGACUUCCCAGAAUGCGGGCGAGAAGUCUUGUGAAUCCAGUAACGACCAUGGGGCUUCCGUGAGAGAGCCGGGCUGUUCGACGUCACAUCCUCUCAUCAUCGUUGACUGGUACGACGAAAAGGACCCAGCGAACCCCGUCAACUGGACCGGCCGUAAAAAAUCCGUCGUCUAUCUUAUCGUCAAAUUUACCGCGUGCGUUGUCUACAUGGCCUCGGCAAUCUACACGCCAUCGCAGCCGCUAGUACAAGAGGUCUUUGGUGUGUCUGUUAUUGUCGCAAGCCAAGGUCUCGGUCUCUUCAUUGUCGGAUAUGGUGUGGGGCCUCUGAUCUGGUCCCCGUUAUCAGAAAUGCCAGCUGUUGGACGCAACCUGCCGUACCUUGUACCGCUCUUGACCUUUGUCAUUCUCUCGGUACCGACUGCCCUUGCGAAUAGCAUCGGAUCGCUUCUGGUACUGCGCUUUCUGCAGGGAUUCUUCGGUUCGCCAGUAUUGUCUACGGGUGGAGCUUCCCUGAGCGAUAUUGUCGAUGCCUACAAGAGGCCGUAUUCUCUGUAUACAUGGGCGAUAUUCUCCUUUGCCGGACCUUCGAUCGGAAACGUCAUGGCAGGCUUUACCGUGCCAAAGCUUGGAUGGCGAUGGAGUCUUUGGGAGAUUCUCAUCACUACCAGUCCCGCCUUGAUUCUGCAGCUUUUCCUCCCCGAGACGUCGCCCAACACCAUCCUCUACUAUCGGGCUAAACGAAUUCGUAAAAUCACCGGAAAGAACUAUUACGUGGCCAGAUCCGAGAUUACAACUGCUCCUAUGACUGUCCUGGACCGCUUCUACGGAACCCUCGUCAUUCCCUGGAAGAUCAAUCUGCUCGACCCGUCAAUCCUCUUCACCAGCAUCUACUCGGGCCUUAUCUACGCAAUAUUCUACUCCUUCUUCGAGUUUUUUCCACUCGUGUACGGGAACAUAUACGGCAUGAGCCAGGGUCAGAUCGGCCUUGUUCUACUCUGCAACAUCGUUGCAGUCACUGUCGCCGCGCUCCCUUACUUUGCCUACAUUCAUUUCGUUGUAAAUACUUUGGCCCGAAGAGGAAGUCCACUGACGCCGGAGCAGCGGUUGGCACCGGCCCUCGUUGGAUCGGUUCUGGUUCCCAUCGGGAUAUUCCUGUUCGGAUGGACGUCUCGUGAUUCCAUUCACUGGAUUGUACCAACGAUCGGCGUUUGCUUUACGGUCGGUGGCUUUGCCGUCCUUCUGCAGACCAUCUUUGUUUACAUUGGUUUGGCCUAUCCGCAGUAUUCGGCGUCGCUGUUCUGCGGUAACGGCUUCGUCAAGCAAAUGGUGGCUUUUGCAGGAGUGCUCUGGAGCCAUCCUCUCUACGAUGCGAUAGGCAUCUCCAAAGCGAUGUCGCUUCUUGGAGCAUUGUGUGUUUUGUGCGUUUCGGGCAUAUUUGUUUUAUAUUACUGGGGUGACAAGCUUAGACGUCGCAGUAGGUUUGCCAGCUAG